AGUUAAAGCUAGCGUCAAGGCUGGAUAGGAAACGUUCACUUUCGAAAAAAAUACAAUUAGAACAAAACAACUCAACUGAAACCUGAAGAGUAUUGAUAUUUUUAAUUAACUCUUGGAGUGCGCUCUUAAUGUUUUGUUGGUUCUUUUAGCGCUAAAAAGAAACGAAAUAUUAUCAUAAUUUAUUACUUGGAUAUAUAUACAUAUAAUUUCUUUCUAAAAUUCGAAAGCUCAUAGAGCAAUACAGACGAUUUAGAAAAACAUAAUGGUUUUUGAUACAAACCAUCCAUAUUCUCUAUCUGCUUCUGAAUAUGAGUUAGAAGAAAAAUUGGGUACUGGUUCUUUCGGAACAGUAUGGAAAGCUAAAGAGCUGUGUACUGGCAGAAUUGUUGCAAUAAAGCAGAUUGAUUUAGAAGCCAGCACGGAUGACAUAUCAGAAGUUCAGCAAGAAGUUGCAGUCUUGUCUGCUUGUGAAAAUCCCUAUAUUAUUAGAUACUAUGGUUGUUUCGUAAACGGUUAUCACCUUUGGAUCCUCAUGGAGCAUAUGGAGGGCGGUUCCGUUGCAGGCUUCUUAAAAAUUGAGCCGCUUUCCGAAGCUCAAAUUGCCAUUAUUACUAGACAGAUUCUUCAUGGACUUUGCUAUCUACAUUCCCAGAAUAAGAUACAUCGAGAUAUUAAAGCUGCGAAUCUCUUGAUGUCCGAAGAUUGCCAUGUGAAACUUGCCGAUUUCGGCGUAGCUGCUCAACUUUCUAAUGCUGCAUCAAGAAGACAUACCUUUGUUGGAACACCGUACUGGAUGGCUCCAGAGGUAAUUCAACAGGCAGAUUAUGACCAAAGUGCCGACAUCUGGUCUCUAGGAAUUACAGUAAUUGAGAUGGCCAUUGGUGCUCCUCCGCUUUCAAACAUGCAUCCAAUGAAAGCGAUCUUCAAAAUCCCCAUUCUUGAACCACCAACUCUCAAAGGCACUCAAUUCAGUGAUUUGUUACGGGAUUUUUUAAGUUGUUGUUUGCAGCACAUUCCAUCAUCACGGUGGUCGGCAGCAAAGCUAUUAACUCAUCCGUUUGUGCAAAACGCGGGAAGCAUACAUGAGUUACAUAUACUGUUAGAUAAAAGACAGGAUUACCUUGAGCAUACCAACACAAAUACCUUUUCUGAAACCGAUACUUAUUCACCACAAAGCACAAUCAGAUCUCGGGCUACCGAAACUAUUGACAAAUUUGAAGACUGGGACUUUGGCACUGUUCGUCCUCCUCAGGAAAAUACUCAAGUUUUUGAUAAAACUGUUAAGGCAACCUCAUCUACAACCAAAAAUAAUACACUUCGCUCCACGGCGAGUCCUCAGUCAUAUUCUACUAAGGAAAAAUCAGAAGACACUGUGACUAGAGUUCCAGUUUUGAAGAAACUUGGAACAAACGGGGCAGUCAAGAAAGCUUCCCAUGACACUCUUCAUGGAAUUCUUGCAAACCUUCUUUCAGAUGAGACUUUACCAGCAGAGCAGCAUAUCUAUUUAAAGCAAUUGGAUCAAGCAUGGUGCAUGCUCGAUACCUUUCUACAAAAACGAAUCAUGCGCCUACUAACUCAAGACAAACACCUCAAAGUACGACCUGGGAGAAUCGGAAGCUUACUUCUAUCAAGAUGGUUAGAAGAAACAGCUAGACGUCAAGGAGAGAUUUAAUAUUCAUAAACAAAAGGAAGGAUAAAAAAAAUAAAAAAAAGAACGGACAUAAAUGUAUUUCAUGAUAUUUCUUGACUUGCUAAAAUUUUCAUUAUUAUAAACCGCUUGGACUACCAUUAAUUCGCAUCAUAUACAACGCCAUCUGAAAUAUAAAACGUAAUUAAGGUGUCUGAAGAGACUUAAGAACUUCAACCACAUCCCAAUCUGUUUUGUUAAGCAUUUCAAUAGCAGUAUCAUAACCAACGUUAGCCAACGAUGCUACAUAUGCAGUCCUGUAAUUGUUAGUAAGCGUAUCACAGUUAUAAGCGCGUACUUGGUAUC